AGGUGUCAGAGAUUAGUUAUUUUUCGCCAUUUAUAGUGUUAACAUUGAAUCUUUUCGUUGUAAAAUGGAAAAAACAAUUUUUAUUUUACUAAUUUGGGCUUUCUUGCAGGUCCUUGGCGAUAAAAACGAUUGGUAUCCUGCCAAUGCUAAUGAAAUUCAAAGAGGAUGCAAAGAGCAACAUCCUGUGCCUUCUGAAACUAUAGAUCAAGUCCAAAGGGGUGAAAUUAAUGACAGUCUUGCCUUGAGAGCCUAUAUUCUGUGUGCUGCAAAGGGUCUCAAUGUGUUUAGCCCUGGCAAGGGUUUCGAUGCUGAUCGUUUGGCCUAUGCCUUAAAUAGAAUUGGGGCAAAUCGAAAAUGUCAACGUAGCCGUGUACGUGAAUGUGUUGAAAAGCAUAAGAAUGUUCAAGCGGAUGAUGCCAAGGCUUUUAGCGUUGUAAAAUGUAUUUUGGAUUUAGAGCAUAGUAAAGCCGAUGAGGACGGACCUGCCAAUACAUGGAAGAAUUGUGAAUAGCUUUGUUUUGUUUUAAAGAGGAAUAAUAAAUGUCAGCAAUUUAAAUUUA